GCGCCCCGCCUCGCGUCUGCGUCCGCUCACUCUGCUCCUGGCAGCGCGACUGCCAGGGGCGCGCGACCAGGGCGCAGGGCCUUGGGGCAGGCGGCCCAUGGAGCCCGGGCUGCUGCGGCCGGCGCCGGUGAGCGAGGUCAUCGUCUUGCAUUACAAUUACACCGGCAAGCUCCGCGGUGCGCGCUACCAGCCCGGCGCGGGGCUGCGCGCCGACGCUGUCGUGUGCCUGGCCGUGUGCGCGCUCAUCGUGCUCGAGAACUUGGCGGUGCUGUUCGUGCUUGGGCGCCACCCGCGCUUCCACGCGCCCAUGUUCCUGCUCCUGGGCAGCCUUACGCUGUCCGACCUGCUGGCGGGCGCGGCCUACGCCGCCAACAUCCUGCUGUCGGGGCCUCUCACGCUGCGCCUGUCGCCCACGCUCUGGUUCGCCCGUGAGGGGGGCGUCUUCGUGGCGCUCGCCGCGUCCGUGCUGAGCCUCCUGGCCAUCGCGCUUGAGCGCCGCCUCACCAUGGCCCGCCGAGGACCCGCACCCGCCUCCAGUCGGGGACGCACGCUGGCGAUGGCGGCCGCCGCCUGGGGCGUGUCGCUGCUUCUCGGACUGCUGCCGUGGCUCGGCUGGAACUGUCUGGGCCGCCUGGACGCCUGCUCCACCGUCCUGCCGCUCUACGCCAAGGCCUACGUGCUCUUCUGCGUGCUCGCCUUCCUCGGCAUCCUGGCCGCCAUCUGCGCGCUCUACGCGCGCAUCUACUGCCAGGUGCGUGCCAACGCGCGCCGCCUGCGGGAGCGCCCGCGGGCCGCCCGGGGCGCCUCGACGCGGGCCCGCCACACGCCGCGCUCGCUGGCGCUGUUGCGCACGUUCAGCGUGGUGCUCCUGGCCUUCGUGGCGUGUUGGGGCCCCCUCUUCCUGCUGCUCUUGCUCGACGUGGCGUGCCCGGCGCGCGCCUGCCCCGUGCUCUUGCAGGCCGACCCCUUCCUGGGGCUGGCCAUGGCCAACUCGCUUCUGAACCCGAUCAUUUACACGCUCACCAACCGCGACCUGCGCAACGCCCUCCUGCGUCUCUUCUGCUGCGGCCGCCGCCCCUGCAGGAGGAGGCACAGAGCCUCCCAGGAGUCCGAGAGCGCUGCUGGGGCUUCGGGAGGCCUGAACCGCUGGCUGCCCCCUGGCUUGGACGGCAGCUCCAGCCCCUCCGAGCGCUCCUCGCCCCAGCGGGACGGGCCGGACACGAGCGGCUCCACUGGCAGCCCCGGGGCGCCCACAGCCGCCCUGACCCUGGUACCGGCACCGGCCGCAGACUGACGCCCCUCGGGCCCGCCAUUCCCUCCCUAAGAGCUGUUUUGCAGACUUUUUUAAAUAAAGGCAUUUGUAGGAAAAGCAGCGAAGGCGGUGGAGACAGAAGAGACGAAGGGAAAUGUAUUUUAUUGAGGCUAAACCCCACAGCAGUGAGCCAAACAGACCAAAAGUCGCGGCCCUUGUGGAAUUGACGUUCUGAUGGGGGACACCGGCAAUAAGGAGUGAAGAAAGCCUGGACAUAAUUCCAGCUCCAGUACCGUGAUGCGAUGGUGGUCGGGGGGACGCUUCUCUGCAGGAGCGGUGACAGAGGAUGUAAGCUGAGAGGUCAUUGCCCUGGGGACACUUGAAGGAAGAGCAUUUCAGGGAGAGGGAACAGCCGUGCAAAGGCCCUGAGGAAACAUGCCUGCGUAUUCUAUGAAAAGCAAAGAUCCCCUUGCUGGCUGGAGCAGCCGAUGGAGGGGAUGGAUGGUGGGAGGGGAAAAAAAUCAGGGAAAUGUCGGCAUAGACAGUGCAGAGCCUUGUGGGUCCCGUGGAGGACUUUGGUUUUGCUCUGAGUGAGGUGGGAGGCAGAGGGCAGAAGUGAUGUGCUUCAGAUGUUUGCGGAUCUCUGUAAGGGUGAAGGUAGAAGCGAGAACAAGUUCAAGGUGUCUGCAGCCACGUGGCCCAGGGGAGCAGUGAUGGGGACUCAGAUGGUGAGGAUUCGGAAUAGAUCUUGGAGACAGCAGAUGGGAUUCCUGAGGAGUGGAGUGUGACAGAAAGAAAGGGAUCAAGGGCAGCUCCCCUCCCCAGGUUAGAGGACAGGAAACCAAAGACAGGGCGCCCUAAAAUCUGACCAUGGGAGACACAGCCAAUUCCUCCCGGAAACGGGAUUUCUCCGAGCGUGGUGUCAGAUCCUUCGUAAAAAAAUGAAAUUAUAAUAAAGUAAUAACAAGUUACA